CUAUGUCUCUCAUUUUUGACAUCAAUCCAUCCUUCAACCUUCCUCUGCUUUCUCCCUCUCCAUCACUAAUCCUUUUUCUUAAUCUUAGUACAACUAAACUCAAGUGAUCAUCACUUCAUCAUCGAUUUUCAACAAUGAAGAAAGUUAUACUAAAGUUGGAUUUACACGAUGAUAAGUGCAAACAAAAAGCCAUGAAAUCUGUUUCUGGCCUUUCAGGGGUUGAAUCAGUUGCGGUGGAUUCGAAAGAAUCAAAAAUGACAGUAAUCGGAGAUGUUGAUCCAGUUGAGGUUGUAAACAAACUGAGAAAACAUUGUCAUACAACAAUAAUAUCGGUUGGACCGAAAGAAGAACCGAAAAAAGAAGAACCGAAAAAAGAAGAACCAAAGAAAGAACCGGAAAAAGAAGAGCCACCGAAAUGCACACCUGAACAACAAUUAGCUGCUUAUAUUAGUGCCUAUAAAGCUCAUAAUCCUCCACGUUAUUACGUUCAGAGUUGUGAAGAAAAUCCAAAUGCUUGUGUUAUUUGUUAAGGUAAUUAAUUACUUUUCUUUUUUGUUUUUGAAGAGAGCAACCCAUUGAAUUAGGAUUAAAAUAAAACCUUAAAUUGGUUUCAUAGUUGGUUGAAAAUCUUGUUGUACAUGGUCAUUGUUUUUAGUAUUAAUUCAGGGUUUUGUGAAAUGUGGAAGUACAAGAACACAAACUUAUGUGAUGGAGCGAAUUUGGAUGAAUGGCAUUCUUCUAUUAUUUCAUCAUUUUGAGUGAGAAAUUGCAUAACGGGCCGUAUUUAGUUCGUAAUAUAACGUUGGGAUACUUGGCUAUAAAAAUCGUAAUGUUGCUAUUUUACAAUGCCGAAUGUGAAGUGUUAUGUAGCAUAAUUGUAUUUUUUUUCUUCUUUUGAUAUUGUUAAUAUUUGGUGACAUCUAUUGACAUUGUUUGUGAUAAUUAAGUUUGAGUUUAGUAUGCGGUACGUUGCGUCA